ACAAAAGUAUUAACUAUUAUGUACAAGAUAAGGCAUCACAAAAACUGAUCAUCUACUACAUUUUAAUUACCUCGACGUUCUGUAUAUUUGGUGUUCCAGCGCGCACGCAGCGUCGUCCCCGAUGAUGAGGGGCGUGGAGUCUCGCAAGGACCUGGAGUGGGUGCUGGUCGACCUGCUGAACGCGGCGGCGCGGCGCGGCGGCGUCACGUGCGCCGCCGUCGUGUGCGACGCCGCGCACCUCGGCGUGUGGCGCGGCGCGCUGUGGCGCCGCCUGUCGCCGCCGCUGCCCGUCGUCAUGAUCGUGGUGGAGGAGUACGAGGACCUGCUGUCGCCGAACUUCGACACGCUGGAGGCGCUGCGGCAGGCGCGCAAGGACGGCUGCAACGUGUACGUCAUCCUGCUCGCCAACGGGCUGCAGGCGGCCAGGCUGCUGCGGUUCGGGGACAGACACCGAAUCCUGGACACGCGCGCGGCGUACAUCAUGCUGCACGACUACCGGCUGUUCACUCGCGAGCUGCACUACGUGUGGAAGCGCGUCGUGAACGUGGUGUUCGUGCGGCGCCACGCGGGGGGGACGGCGGGGCGCGGGGGGCCGUGGGUGGAGCUCUCCACCGUGCCCUUCCCCAACCCCAUCAGGGCCGUGUUCGUGUCGCGCCGGCUCGACAUCUGGAGGAAUGGCAGGUUCCACUAUAACAGGCCCCUGUUCGCAGACAAGACUCGCAACCUGAACGCGGAGGUGCUGAACGUGGUGUACCUGGACCACGUGCCCUCCGUCGUCGUCUCCAAGCACAACGACACCAACAAGAUCGGCGGCGUCGAGAUAGAAAUCCUGAACACGUUAGCGGAGAAGAUGAACUUCAAGCCAAACCUGUACCAGUCGGUGAACGCCGAGUACCACAAGUGGGGGCAGAAGCAGGCCAAUGGCUCUUUCUCAGGGUUAAUCGGCGAGAUCGUGAGCGGCGCGGACGUGGCGCUGGGCAAUCUGCAGUACACGCCAUACCACCUGGCGCUCAUGGACCUCGGGCUCCCCUACACGGCGCAGUGCUUCACCUUCCUCACGCCCGAGGCGCUCACCGACAACUCCUGGAAGACUCUCAUCCUGCCCUUCAAGCUGUACAUGUGGAUAGCGGUGCUGCUGGUGCUGCUGAUGACGGGCGCCAUCUUCCACGGGCUGGCGCGCUGCUACGGGCACCUGCUGCGCUACCAGCGCGAACACUACGUCCUCACCGACAAACACGACCACGAUAGGGAGCCGGCGGGCCUGUACCUGUUCGGGUCGGUGGCGAACAGCAUCCUGUACACGUACGGCAUGCUGGUGGUGGUGUCGCUGCCGCGACUGCCGGGCGGCGGCGCCGUGCGUCUGCUCACCGGCGCCUACUGGCUCUACUGCAUCCUGCUCGGCGUCUCCUACCGCGCCAGCAUGACCGCCAUCCUCGCCAACCCCGCGCCCACCGUCACCAUCGACACGCUGCAGGAGCUCGUCGACUCCGGGCUCGUGUGCGGCGGCUGGGGCGCCGAGACCGAGCGCUUCUUCGACGAGUCCUUGGACGAGAUCGGGCAGAGGAUCGGCGAGAGGUUCCAGACGAUAGACGACCCGGACGAGGCCGCCGCCAAGGUCGCCCGGGGGGUGUUCGCCUACUACGAAAACGAGUACUACUUGAAGUAUCUCAGCGUCAAAAGAAAGAACUGGGACGUGAGCAUGGAGACGCAGAACGCGACGAACGCGAGCAGUGUGAAGGUGGCGGGGGACCGGGAUCUGCACAUCAUGUCGGACUGCGUGGUGAACAUCCCCAUCUCGCUCGGGUUCCACAAGAACUCGCCGCUGAAGCCGCUGGCCGACGAGUACACGCGGCGCGCCGUGGAGGUGGGGCUGGUGGGCAAGUGGCUCGGCGACGCCAUGGCGCCGCUGCGCGCGCGGGACUCCGCCGACAACGAGCUCAAGGCGCUCAUGAACCUCAACAAGCUCUACGGAGCCUUCAUAGCCCUCGCGAUUGGAUAUUUCUUGAGCUUCGUAUGCCUCUUUGGGGAGCUCAUCUAUUGGAAUUGUGUUGUCAAAAAAGAUCCUAAUUUUGACAAGUAUGCUAUGGAUCUCUAUUAUGUGAAGAAAAAAUGAUAUUUCAGUUUUAAAAUUAUGUAUUUAAACUAUAUAAUAAGAUCAUGAUUUAAGUUAACAUUUCUUUACAUCUAGUUCAGUCAUAAUUAGUCGCGUGAAUGAACAUGGCGAAUAAACUUGACUCCAAAUGUGUACACGUAAUAAACGCAGGGCCGACAACGCUGACUACAUUAUUUCCCAAACCCCCUUACAAAAUAGAUACCAUAAUCAUACAGAUAAAUCGCUAUCUAAUUACAUUUCAUAAAAAUACAAAUUAUGCUA